AUGUCUCACGCCGAGUCUCGGGAGUGCUGCCAGCUCCCAGGUGGCCCGAGGGGGGAGGGCGGCCGACGCGGGGCGGAGGUGUGCCAGGACGGGGUCUGGGCCCUGGUCGAGGGGACACGCAAGGGCACGAACACGAACCACGCGGUCUGGGUCGACUCCACGCCCCGCCCGCCGGCCAUGGGCCCCCGCGCGCCGCUCCUGGCGGCGGCCGCGGGGCUCUCGCACCUCGGCGCUGCCCUGCAGCUGCACGAGGAGGAGGUCCUCAGCAGGAGGUGCGACGUCGCCGCCAAGGAGGACGCCGCGGGCCUGAUCCGGGACGCGCAGUGGGACAGACUGCGGGGGCACCCCUGCGUGCACAGGAUCGGCCUCGGGCCGCGGUGGCGCCGGGCCGCGCGGCUCCUCGCGGCCGCGAGGCGCCGCGCGAGGGGCCUCGGCGCAGCUCUCGAGGCUUACCGCGAGCUGUCGGCGGCCGCGGGGGCUGCCGCCGACCCGCUGGAGACGUUCCGGGGCACGUUGGACCCAGGGCGGCUGCUGGAGGAGUUGAGGGCCAGGCACCCCGUCUUUCUGCUGACCAAGGCGAACUGCCGCUUCUGCCGGCGGGCCAACAGCUGCUCGAGGAGCUGGGCGCCAGCUUCGAGGAGGUGCUCCUGGACGGCCUCGAGCCCGGUGCGGCGGCGAAGCUGCAGGAGCACGUGCGGUCGGCAACUGGAGCUGGCUCCGUGCCCCGCGUGUACAUUUCGGGGGUGUGCAUCGGCGGCUUCAACGAGACCCACGGAAGCACUGGAGCGGCGACCUCCUCCCUCUGCUCGUGCACGCUGGUGCCGUGGAGGAGGGCACCUCGCCGGCUGGCAGCACGUUCGAUUCCG